AUGAAUAGUCUGAACAUAAUCUAUAGAUCAUUAUUAUGUUCAAAAAAUAUAGUGAAACCGAAGGUUAUUCGUUUUAUACAGACGUCAUCAUAUCUGUUACAAAGUGUCGAAGAGCAAGUUGCACAACAGAAAAAGCGUAACGAAGAAGUUCAAGAUAUGCCUGAAUUGGUGCGUGAUUUUUUGGAUCCUGCUGAAUUUUUUCGUCAGAUAAAAUCGAUUGGAAUUGAUUUCUUUUGUGGUGUACCGGAUUCAUUAUUAAAAGAUUUUUGUGCGUAUGUGACAAAAAAUGUUCCAAAAGAACAACAUAUUAUUACGGUGAAUGAAGGCGCUGCUGUGGGAUUAGCUGCUGGUUAUCAUUUGGCAACGGGAAAACCGGCAAUGGUUUAUUUGCAGAAUUCUGGUUUAGGAAAUAUAGUCAAUCCGAUUAUGUCAUUAGCAACUCCAGGUGUCUAUAGCAUGCCUAUGUUACUAUUAAUUGGUUGGCGUGGCGAGCCUGGAAAACGCGAUGAACCUCAACACAGAAUACAAGGACCGGCGACACCUGGAAUUUUAGCGGCACAAGGAAUACCUUUUCAACCGCUUCCAGAUUAUCAUGACGGUGCUGAACAAGCAUUACAAACAGCAAAACGUUAUAUGGAAACUGCUCAUGGACCCUAUGCUCUCUUAGUUAAACGACAGACAUUUUUACCCUAUAAAUUGCCAAAGAUAAGCAUGGAUGAUCAAUUUGAAUUAACACGAGAAGGAGCCAUGCAAUAUGUUGUGAAUGGAUUACAUCAGCGUGAUGUUGUAGUUGGCACAACAGGAAUGCUAAGCCGAGAGUUAUAUGAAUAUAGACAAUCGCGUGGCGAUGGUCAUGAACGUGAUUUUCUAACAGUCGGUAGUAUGGGCCAUGCAUCUUCCAUUGCACUAGGUAUUGCAUUGCAAAAAUCUGAACGACAAGUAUUUUGUAUGGAUGGUGAUGGUGCAAUUUUGAUGCAUAUGGGUGUAUUGGCAACAAUAGCCGCAUCAGGGCCUAAAAAUUUUAAACAUAUUGUGAUUAAUAAUGGAACUCAUGAUUCCGUUGGAGGACAGCCCACUGUUGCAAUGGAUCAUGAAAAGUUUUCACUUAGUCAGAUAGCAAAAGGAUGCGGAUAUAAAGAAGUAAUGGUGGCAACAAAAAAGGAAGAAAUUGAUAAAUGUAUGCAAAUAAUACGUCAAACGACUGGUCCUGUUCUUUUAGAAAUAAAAGUGAAAACAGGUCAUCGAAAAAAUCUUGGUCGUCCAACGCGUUCAACAACAGAAAAUAAAAAAGAUUUUAUGCAUUUUCUUCAAUUAAGUUGA